AAUAACGACAGUCAUGGGUAAAGGCGCAAUCACAAAGAAGAAGAAGGGUCCUUCGAUUCAUUCCCGAGCCGCAAGGCGCGCUACCUCUCCAGGCAUCGACACUGACAAAUCGCUGAAGAAUGUCCAACCACCUGCUGAAUCAGUCGAUCAUCGCCCUUCGAUUCUCUCCAUACACCAAGGAGCUGGCGUCACAAAAAAGACAAAGAAGAGUAGGAACAUAAGCUUCAAAGCGCGAAGAAGAUACGAGAAAGGACAGGAUCGAGCGGCCGCAGUCAUGGAUAGGACAGAACAGAAAAUUACUAAGAGUAAAGGACAAGCUCGGACAAUACAGACAAGACGAAAGACAUGGGACGAAGUCAACAACCAAAUACCUACGAUGAAGAAAUCUCAAGCAGAGGUAGAGGAGGAAGAUGACCAGGGAGCUUCUGAGUUGGACGAUGGAAUGGACGACGCACAAAUCGAGGAAACCCCCCAAAAUACAUCAGCCAUAGACACGAAUCCCAUACAAGAGAAUCGGGAGGCUAUGGAAGAAGAACAAGACGAUGAGAUCCUAUGAUUUUUAGGG